GCGCUGAGAUUCUCCGAUCUUUACACAUCGUGCAGAACUGAGACCAUUGGCAACAGUUUUGAAAACCUACGAAGGAUAUUCAAACUACACAAUUUUCUGGAGCUGCUGGUUUAGUAUCACGCUCAAUGGCGGUUUCAAUCAAGUCCAAUCUUGAGGGAAAGAUGGACAAUUUUGUUAUCGGUAUCAUUGGUAUGGGUGACAUGGGCAAGAUGUAUGCCCGCAGGCUCAGCGAUGCUGGAUGGAGGUAAAUCCCCUCGAUUGAGUUUUCGUUGAGCCCGCUUUUGCAAUGUUGUAACAUUCAAUCUCCGACCACUACUGAUAUUCUUGGGGCAGAGUAAACGCCUGCGAUAGGGAGGACAAGUAUGAAGCUUUGUGUGAAGAGUUUGCAGAUAGAAAACAAAUUACAAUUCUUCCCAAUGGCCAUCUCGUUUCCCGAGCAAGUGAUUACACCAUCUACAAUGUCGAAGCUGCCUCAAUUGGCAAGGUUGUUGCUGAAUACGGUCCUUCCACCAAGCAAGGUGCCAUAGUCGGAGGACAAACUUCUUGCAAAGCUCCUGAGAUAGCCGCCUUUGAAAAGUAUCUUCCUGCCGACGUUGAUAUUGUAUCUUGCCAUUCGCUUCAUGGUCCCAACGUGGAUCCCCGAGGUCAACCACUCGUUUUGAUCAAACAUCGUGCAUCCCAAGAGAGUUUUGAGAAGGUUGAGUAUGUUCUCUCAUGCCUUGGCUCCAAACAACAUGUUCUCUCAGCUUCUCAACACGACCGCAUAACAGCAGAUACCCAAGCCGUAACCCAUGCAGCCUUCUUGUCCAUGGGCAAAGCCUGGCAUGCCAAUCUCCAAUUCCCUUGGGAAAUCGCCCGAUAUGUUGGUGGUAUUGAAAAUGUCAAAAUCAAUCUUACCCUCCGCAUCUACUCUCAAAAAUGGCAUGUUUACGCUGGUCUCGCUAUCCUGAACCCUUAUGCCAAAGAGCAGAUCAGAGAGUACGCAUCAAGUGUCACAGAUCUGUACAAAUUAAUGCUUGGAGGGCACAGGAGAGAGUUAGAUGAGCGGAUUAAGAGUGCAGGACGAUUUGUCUUUGCUGGACGGAAAAAUUCCGAUGAGUUACUCUUGCGCGAUGAAGUACUCGAUCGUUUCUCCCUAGGCAGAAAGCCUGAAAAACCAACACCAAACAACCACCUCUCUCUUCUCGCUAUCGUUGACUGCUGGGCUCGUCUCAACAUUAGUCCAUAUGAUCAUAUGAUCUGCAGCACACCUCUAUUUCGUCUCUGGCUCGGUGUCUCAGAAUAUCUAUUCAGAAACGAGAAGUUGUUAGAAGAAGUUAUCAACACUGCUAUUGAAGACAACACAUUCCGUUCUGACGAUUUGGAAUUCACAUUUGCAGCUAGAGGAUGGAGCGAGUGUGUGGAGUUUGGAGAUUUCGAGAGUUGGAAAGAUAGAUUCGAGAAGACGCAAAUGUUUUUCGCUCCAAGAUUUCCAGAGGCAACUAGAGUAGGUAAUGAGAUGAUGAAGACGAUUCUGGCAAACAUUAAGGAUUAGAGAUGAAGUUUGGGUGGCAUGGGGACGGGCGUAUGGUUCAACUUGAUUGUGGAGUUUUCGCUGACUGGCUGACAUUCAACAUGGAUUGGGACUUCAUGCAUCACUGCAGUUCUGAAUGAUAUUCUAUUCCAACUUGUAAAGGACUUAAAUCACAAUAUUUGACGUCA